UGUAGUAUAAUAACAAGACAGUUGAUAAAAUAUAAUUAGACCGCUACGGCGCGAAACACGGUAAAGAACAACGGUGUAGUGAGAAAUACACAUCAAACAAAUCAAAAGGCUUGAAAUUACUUUGUAAUUAGCAUUUUUAUCUCGAGUAUGUGAGAAGCGCACGUUUAUAAAAUUAUUGCUGUGAAAAAAAAUUUUAUGAUUUUAAAGUAGAAUAAAAAAAUUAAAAUAUAAAUAAAAAGUGCUGUAAAAGUGAAGUGCUAGAGAGUAGUAAAAAAGUUUCAAUAUUUGCUCAGUAAACAAAAGCCUACAAAAUGAGUGGUGUUUUACGACGUGGCUCCCUGAAUUUCGAUUGCAAUUUAAAGGGCAGCAAUUCGCGUGGCAGCAUCGAUACAAAUUUAUAUGGCGGAUAUCGCGAUCCAAAGCCGGGCACACCGGAAAUCAGUGUGAUCGCUUUAGACCUACGUCGCUAUUCGGAAGAUUUAAAAAAGGAGCCAGUGUCGAAUGAGGACCUACCACCAGCCGCCGUCGGCGAUUUGAGUCAAGAUGCAGAUGCGGAUGUGAUCUCGAAUUUUAUAGGACAUCAUGGGAGGUGGCAAUUGAUUUGGACAUUUCUGCUAACACUGUUUCAGAUACCGCCUACAUUUCAUUUGUUUGUCUACACAUUUCAGACCAUCGCCAAGGACUACUGGUGCGCACGCCCUGACACCGCACCCGAUAUGGAUGUGUCGCUGUGGAGAAAUCUAAGCCAACCCGCCGGCGCUUGUACGAUACUAAAUUUGAAUUACACGCAACUAACUGAAUCCGCUGGCACCGCUGAGUCCGCACAACUCAUACCAUGCACCAAUUUUGAGUUCUCCCGGGAAGAUGGCAGUGCACGCUCGUUAAUUGAGGAGUUCGGCCUGAUCUGCAGUCAUGAGAAGUUGGUUAGUGUGGUUGAAAUGUGCUUCUUAGCUGGCGCAGCGGUGGGUAGUGUUUCGAGCGGUUGGAUCUCCGAUCGUUUCGGUCGCAAGCAUACGCUGAUGGCUUUCGUGCUGGUACAAAUUAUUUCCGGCACCUUACUGGCUUACUCUGUCAAUUUGCCCAUGUUCAUGACGCUACGUGUGAUCGCCGGCUUUGCCUCAAUGACUGUGACUGUGGUUAGCUUCGUUCUUGUCGUUGAGUUGGUUUCUGGCAGAUGGCGCACCAUAACGGGCAUCUUAAAUAUUUUACCAGUGCCGAUUUCUUAUAUUCUCAUGGCUGGUAUCGCAUAUUUUAUACGCGAUUGGCGGAAGCUGCAGUUAGUGAUUACUCUACCGUGGUUGAGCUUAUUAUCGAUUUGGUACUGCAUGCCAGAAUCACCACGUUGGCUACUCGCGCAAGGACGUCUCAACGAUUUAUAUGCACUCAUAGAACGUGCUGCCGCGCUCAACCAACGCACACUGCCGCCGAACUAUAAGAAAACAUUAGAAGCUGCAGCGCCACCACCAAUGCAGAAGCCCAUCAAUGGUUCAGCUACGGUCAAAGGUCAGCUGACGAACGUACAAACACAACAACAACACACACUGCCAGCAUUUAUGUCGGUGCCGGAAGGAGGCGCAGACAGCAAUGGAGCGACAACCGCAAGCACCACCGAAGCCAUGAAUUUGAUUGUUUGGUUGACUUUGAUUAUCAUCUACUAUGGAUUGACCUUGCAUUUGAGCAAUUUGGGUGGUGACAUCUACCUAAAUACGAGCGUCGCCGGCGGUAUUGAAGCGGUUGCUAUUUGCGUUAGCAUUUUUGUGGUAUUGAAAGUGGGCUUGCGGCGUAGUCUAAUAGCAUAUAUGCUUGUGCCCGGGAUUAGUUGCUUAGCUACAAACCUUGUGCCAACCGGAGAUGACAACCAAACCGUCAUUGUAGUGCUGGCCAUAAUUGCAAAAUGCGUUAUUGGUGCCAAUAAUGCCAUUAUUCCAUCAUAUACGGCCAUGCAGUACCCAACGGUUGUGCGUAACUUUGGUGUGGGCAUGGGAAAUCUGGCUGCGGGUGUUGCGUUAAUCUUAGUGCCCUACAUGUGGCUUCUGGAACAUGUGGAUCCGCUGCUGCCAAUGAGUAUAAUGGGUGUGAGUGGAAUAAUUGGCGCUAUUUCGUUAUUCCUUAUGAAGGACAUACAACAGUAAGGAUAUACUAAAGAGAAAAUGGUGCAAAUGUGAAGAGUUCUCUUCAAUAAAAAAAGAAAGAAAAACUAAUAAGAGAAAAUAUUAUAUUAGAAAACUAUACCAAUUGGCCUACAUUUCGAAGCUGUCUAAACUGUGAUAAACGUAACUAUUUGGCAGUUGACAAAUGGAAUUUUCGUUUUUAAUUAAGUACUAAAAUAGUUUAAGUGAAAAAAUAAUGACAGUUAAAUGUAUAUCAAAUGUAUACGAAUGUAAAAUUAAGUGAAGAGCAGAAAUAAUAGGCCAGAAAAUUAAAUACUUUAAUUGCCGCAGAUAAAAAUAAUCUUUACUCUCUUACAUUAGAAAACAACAUAUUUUAAAGCGAUUUUAUAUGUUUAUGCACUAAAAUAUACAGUUGAACUUCCACAACUCGAACUCUUGAAUUGGCAUUUUCUAUUUCAUACAAAUUUCAAAUUUCAUACAAAUUUCAAAUUACAUACAAUUAUCUUCCUUAACUCAAAGUAUCUCUAACUAGAAGUUUUUUUUUGGAUUAUGGUGAUUUGAGUUAGGGAGGUUCAACUGUAUUUCCUUAUAUUAACUAUAAUACCUUUGUAACUUUGUGAACUAGCGGAAAGUAUGUAUACCGCUAUUUUAAGUAUAAUUUCGAUGAGUUUGUUUUGAACACAUUAAUUAAUUAUUAUUUGGCCACUCGCUUACAAAGAACCAUUUAUAUACGUGCAUUUAUUCACACUUUAAUCAUUAAAAUCCCUCAAAAGUAUUAGAUAUUUCUCUAUGGUAUAAGCAAGCAUACUAUAUACAUACAUAUGUUUACUAUAAUUCCAAAAAUAUAAACAAAAUAUUAAAUAUUUUAUUUUAAGCUAAAUAAUAUUUAAGUUGUAGAAUUAAAAUACAAUUUCAACUGUCAAAAAUAAAUAAAUAAAAGUUUUAUU